AUGCCUCGAGAAAGAACCAAGAGAUGUAAUAAUAGUCGAGCUAGAGGUGUUACGACCUAUCGGUCUACAAGUUUUAGGAAUGGCGUGACUACUAGUCAUGCUCGAGGUGAGAUGAUUCGUCAAACUACAAGAUCUAUAAAACAAUCUGAGAAUCACGAAGAUGAUGUUUACGAAAACUAUGAUUACAUAGACGUUGAUCAAGAUAAAGAUAUUCAGGAAUCUUUUGAUAAAACUUAUUCACUUAAAACUUCAAAUGUAAAUCGAAUUCAAUAUAUUCAAAAUGAUAUCUCGGCUGUUACAACUCAUCAAAUCAUAAAUCAAAGAAUUUUACCUGCUGCAAAUGCAAAUCAAAGUUCUGGAAAUCAAAACGUAGAUGAUACUCGAGACAUACAAGAAUCUUCUUUUACGCAUGAUACAGAAGAAUCUUCUUCCAAACAUCAUGAUAAAAGAUCUCAUAUCAAUGAUCUCGAAAAAACUGAUAAUUCAAAUGAUUUUAUAGAUGAUUGCUCCGAUAUCCAUCAAGAUUCUAGUAAUUCUGCAACACCGGAUAUGUUGGUGAUUCUAGUCAAUGAAGCAAAGAUUUUAUUUUUGAGAUUACGUAAUCCUUCAACUGUUGCAUACGAUACAUUGUUGAAAUCAAUAGCUCUAGAAUUUUUCGAAAAUAGUAAGACAAUGUUCUUUCUCAAAAUGAAAUUAGGUUCAUAUUUUGCAGAUCAAUGGUCCCAUUUAAACACUAAAGCCAGGGCCUAUGCUGAAGAUUACAUUAAUAAUAACGGUACUACCAUCAAUAAUUUAUCAAGUGUUGAAGAUUUGGCUUCAUAUGUAGAUGAUACCAUCAUUUUUCAAUGCAUUAAGAGUCCAAUGGCUCAAAUUACUGAAGAAUGGUGGGAGGAUGAUACUGAUAGUGUGAAUGUUUUUAGAUUUUUUAUCACAACAACCAUAAGAAUUCAUAUUAUUAACAUUCUAAAAUGCAAUGAUGAUCCUCACCUUACUAAUACAUUGGCACUAAAUGAGGUCAAGACGCUUAAUUACAUAACCUGCGAACUUCAUCUUCCUCAUAAUAAUUCUACAAAUUAUGUAAAUGAAAUUGGUGCAAAUUUAUUAAAUAAUUCUUUAAAUCAAGACCAAAUUCAUGGUCGUAAACGUAGGCGUAGUCGUAGAUGUGAGCAUGGUGGAGAUUUCAGAAGAAAUAGUAGAUAA